AUGGUAGUAUCGUUGGACCCCGAUUUUAACCACUUUAUAUUCCAGCAAGAACGAAAGACUGUAAGGUUAUGGUACUCAGAUUCUUUUUCUUCAAUUUUCGGGGAUGUCAUUAACUCUCAAACCGAUACUCAAAUUCUCAAGUACUUUAGAAACUCGCUAGUAAAUAUAUUCGGUACUAAAUCACUCAAGGAGAACUUUUUUCCUAAAUUAGAAGUCCUGGCUAACCAGUAUCUACAAACUUGGUCUACUCAACCUUCUGUCGAGCUUAAAGCAUCAAUCACAAGUGCGAUAUUUGAUUUGACAGCGGAACAUCUUUUCCAUUAUGAUGCUAAUAGUUCUUCGGAUAAGAAUCUAGGUAUCAUGUUCGCCGACUUCUUCAAAAGUAUUAUGACGUUCCCCAUCAACAUCCCUGGUACUGCUUUUUACAGAUGUAUGCAGAAUCAAAAGAAGGCAAUACAAUUGAUGAGGGAGAUACUGCAUGAAAGAUAUAGGUCGACUGAGAAAAAAGGAGAUUUUCUUGAUCAAGUCAUUGAGGACAUGAAAAGUGAAACAAAGGAAUUCAUGACAGAGGAUUUCGUUAUGUACUACCUGUUUGGAAUUCUACUUUCUACUUUCGCCACCAUUUCUUCGAAUCUCACUUUAGCAUUGACGUUUCUCACAGACCACCCUGCUGUGGUGAAAGAGUUAUUGGAAGAACAAGAAGAAAUUUCUAAAAGUAGAGGAGAUAAUCGGGAUACACCUCUUACAUGGGAAGAAUAUAAAACAAUGAAAUUCAUGUCCCAGGUUCUCACUGAAACACUAGGGAUGUCUAAUAUUGCCCCAGCGUUGUUGAGAAAAACCACCAAAGAUAUUCACGUAAAUGGAUAUGUCAUUCCAGAAGGCUGGGGAAUUAUGCUUGUUUCUUCAGCGGUUCAUAUGAACCCGGACAAGUUUCCUGAUCCACAAAAAUUCGAUCCAUGGAGAUGGAAUGAUAUUAAUACGAGUGCACCACUUAAGGAUUUUAUGCCAUUUGGUGGAGGUAUGAGACAUUGUGUAGGAGCUGACUUCAGCAAGACGCUGAUGGCUAUAUUUAUACGUGCUUUGAUCACUAAUUUCAGUGAUGAAACAUAUUAUCCAUAUAGAGACAUCAGCGUGUUGGUUAUGGACAUCAAUAUGACUUUGUUCUUCCCUCACAUGGAUAGAGAAAAAAUUGACCUCAAGGAAUUUGAGCAGAUUUUGCGUGUUAAGUUGCGCCUAACUGAAAAUGAAAUUCCUAAUUUAUAUUGGAUGAUAGAACCAUGUUUGCCUGAGAUUAUGGAUAGUAAUGAGGACUUGUUUAAGUUCUGGGAGCAUGCAGUAGCUGAUGAUAAAUGA